AUCUUUAAUGUUGACGUGUUACAUGACUCUUUCAAACAUACACAAAAAAUAAUAAUAAUAAUAAUAAAUAAAAUAAAACCUGGACAAGUUCAAACAUGGAUACGAAACCGGCCUUCUUCUCCGCACCCACCUUACCAAGUAGCCAAUCGACCAAUAAUUUACUAUCUUUUAUAUUAAUCAUUUUAAAAUAUAUUUAUAAAUAUGUCCCCCUAAAUUACCAAAUACAAACAAUAAUAUGCUCCACGGUCUUGAUUUCUUCUCCUUUUCUUCUCAUCUCCUCCUCCAUGGAUUCAUGGGACUUUCCAGUCAUCAGAUCACCGCGAAAAGAACUGCAGGGCCCGCGACCGACGCCUCUUAAGGUCCGAAAAGAUUCGCACAAGAUCCGAAAACCACCGGUGGCACCACCGCCACAUCAACAAAACUCACAGCAGCCGCGGCCUCCGGUCAUAAUUUACACCGUGUCCCCUAAAGUGAUCCACACCCAUCCGAGUGAGUUCAUGAAUUUAGUCCAACGCCUCACGGGCUCCUCAUCAUCAUCGUCUUCCGCCACAUGUGCAACGUCUAAUCCGUUCAAUGAGGAUUGUGGGGCGGCAUCGCCUGCGGCCAGGUAUGCUACAAUCGAGAAGGCUAAUAACUCUCCGGAGGCAAAGAAGAAAGUAAGCAGCGGUGUGGGAUUGGAAGAGGUCGGUGUGGAUGUGUUGAUGGAGAGGACGAGUAAUAGUUUUCCCGGUAUUUUGUCGCCGGGGCCCGCUUCGCUGCAGCCGAUAUCACCAAACUUUUUUCCUGCGCCGCCGUCUGAUCCGAACUCGAUUGGAAGCUUUUUAUAUGAUUCGAGUCCUGCAAAUGCAAUACAUGGGAUUGGGAACAGUAGUUUCAUCAUGGCUAGCCCUUCUCAAAGCAGCUUUGUUUCACCUCAUUUGACGUCACCUUCAGUUGACCUUUUCAAUAAUUUCUUUGAUUUGUAAUUCUUUUCAUUCAAUGAAUAAGAUUAGAAGAAGAAGAAGAUACAAAAUUAGGGGUAAAAGUGGAAUUUGGAUUUAUAUUGUUGAUGGGUUAGCUAGUUGGAUACCUCUUAAUGGAUUUAUCUAUUGUUACUUUUUAUUUACUUUAGUGGGUCAAAAAUAUUUCUUAUGGCACUUGACAACUCUUCUUG